GCGUAUCUGUCAAAGUCAAUCACUCAUUUGUCUGAUUAAUCGAUGAUCCAAAUAGACUGAAAAUGAGAUUAUUUUAGCGUUAUUUGCCUGGCGUUUCAUAAGAAAAUCAAUAUCAAUAUCUCUAUUUUCUAAAUUGUUGACAAAAUAGUACCAAAUAAUGAAACCAGACGCAGAAACCUUAGAAACGAAUGAAGAAGCAGACGCUUCGGUUGCUGGCGAUGCAAUAGGCGACACCGUCUACAGUGAACGCUUUGUCCUCAAAAUUCUAUUGAAACUUGCGAAUUUGGACUCCCUCAAAGAUGAAGUCAAAGACAAAUCGUUCGAAGAUGACCUUUGUACGCUCUGGGACAUGACUGCCGAUAAAGACGUGGUAUUAUUCCUACAGAAACAUGACGUAUUGAAUUUAUUCAAUUUUGCGUUGCCUACGAUAGAAACACCACGUAUCAUAGAAAUAAUUGUUGGAAUUAUAGGUAAUAUGUGUUGUCAAAGAAUAGCCGUUGCAAAACUUAUAAAAAUGGAAAACUUUCUAAGACUCCUUUUAGAAUAUAUAAAGACUGAUGAUAGCUUAGUUCUGAUACAGUUGUUACGUUUAGUUAGUUCCGCUUUAUUCUUAGCCGAAUGCGAAGACAUACCAAUAUGGAUGAAUUUAUUUGAAAGUGUUGGUUAUUCUGAAGCAUUGUACUUUAUACUCAAAAAUUCCUCACACAAACAGUUGCUAAUAACAGCUAUAGAAAAUACAAACUCAGUAUGUUCCUAUUGUAAUACAGAUAAUGUGAGAACAACUUUUUAUGCUCGCUUUGUAAAUGUAGAAGCUGUUGUAAGCUUAACAACUGCCUUUACAGAAGUAGUAGUAAAUCAAAAAGAAUCAUGUGAAAAAGAAGAAUUAGAAAGAGUGUUACUCAUAAGUUUGCAAAUAACACUGAAUAUGGUAGGUUUUGAAAAUGCUUCUGAAAAAUUCCAUUCUUGUAAGGAUAGUGUGCUAUCUAUGAUAAAACAUAUUCUCUUAUAUUAUGAAGACAAACUUAUAAAUCAAAAAGAGAUUGAUACAGAUUUAGUUGAUAUUGUGGAUUCUACAAUUACAAUUGUUAAUUUACUUCAAUUGAGUGAAUCAAGUGCUAUAGAUGUUUUCUUUGUACCCUGCCACAAUAUGUGGAAAGCUAUGAGUGUAGCCACAAAGUCUCAUCAAAAUGGGAAUUCAGACUUUGAAGAUAGUAAUGAAGAUUUAGCACAGAUUUCUAAAGAAAUAAAAUUGCCACUUUGUAAUUUGUUGUGUGGUUAUGUCUUGAAAUGUUCAGAAACACAUCUAUUAACUGCAUUAGACGUAAUUAAUGGGGAUUAUGAGAUAAUAGUUUGUGAAGUAGAUAGUGAAAUCCGAAAUAAUGUAUCAAGAAGAGCCACAAACUAUAGGACUAGACUUAAGGAAAUUAUUGAUUCAUAAUAAAUUGUGGAAAUUCAUAAUCUUUUCUGAUUUCAUUAUAGCCCUGUUUACAGUUGGGCCAAUAAAAUAGGCCACAUUUGACAAAUUUCAUUGUAGUGUAUCCUGUCUAAAAUCAUUGAUUAAAUUAAUCGUAAUGGUUUUCAUACAUAUGUACAUGGAAUGAAGUAAUUAUCUAAAAAUUAAUAUCAAAUAAGAAGAUAGGUUUUGAUAUUUUUAAAGAUACAAAAAAAGAUGUAGGUUCAUAUUGUUACCAAUCUGAUAUUUGAAAACAGGUAG